GGGGCUGCGGCGCGGGUGCGGGGCGCGGGGCGCGGGGUGCGGCGGUCCGCGGGGCAGGCCCCCCGCGCUUUAAGAGAAUGCCCGCGGCGCCCGCGCGACCAUGCAAUGGCGAGCGCUCGUCCUGGGGCUGGUGCUCCUGCGGCUCGGCCUCCACGGAGUGCUGUGGCUCGUCUUCGGGCUGGGGCCCAGCAUGGGCUUCUACCAGCGCUUUCCGCUCAGCUUCGGCUUCCAGCGCCUGAGGGCCCCCGCCGGCCCCGCGCCGCCCGCCCUGGGGCCCGCCCGCCGGCCCGGGACGCCCGGGGGCCCGUCGGGGCCGUCGUGGCUGCAGGCUCCGGGCCCGGGGGCGGGGGCGGGCGGGGGCGGGGGGCGGCGGGGGCGGCCGGGGCCGGCGGUGUGCGGCCCGGCGCACUGGGGCUACGUGCUGGGCAGCCGCGGCCGCGGCCCGGACGAGUACGAGCGGCGCUACAGCGGCGCCUUCCCUCCGCAGCUGCGCGCCCAGAUGCGCGACCUGGCGCGGGGCAUGUUCGUCUUCGGCUACGACAACUACAUGGCGCACGCCUUCCCCCAGGACGAGCUCAACCCCAUCCACUGCCGCGGCCGCGGGCCUGACCGCGGGGACCCUUCAAAUCUGAACAUCAAUGAUGUCCUAGGGAAUUAUUCAUUGACUCUUGUUGAUGCGUUGGAUACUCUUGCAAUAAUGGGAAAUUCAUCUGAGUUCCAGAAAGCAGUCAAGUUAGUGAUCAACACAGUUUCAUUUGACAAAGAUUCCACCGUCCAAGUCUUUGAGGCCACAAUAAGGGUCCUAGGAAGCCUCCUUUCUGCCCACAGAAUAAUAACUGACUCCAAGCAGCCCUUUGGUGACAUGACAAUUAAGGAUUAUGAUAACGAAUUGUUGCACAUGGCUCACGAUCUGGCUGUGCGCCUCCUCCCUGCCUUUGAAAACACCAAGACAGGGAUCCCCUAUCCUCGGGUGAAUCUAAAGACAGGUGUUCCUCCUGACAGCAAUAAUGAGACGUGCACAGCAGGAGCUGGUUCCCUCCUGGUGGAAUUUGGGAUUCUGAGCCGACUCCUAGGGGACUCUACAUUUGAGUGGGUGGCCAGACGUGCUGUGAAAGCCCUUUGGAACCUGCGGAGCAAUGAUACGGGAUUAUUAGGCAACGUGGUGAACAUUCAGACAGGCCGCUGGGUUGGCAAGCAGAGCGGCUUGGGCGCCGGCCUGGACUCCUUCUAUGAAUACCUCUUGAAAUCUUACAUUCUCUUUGGAGAAAAGGAAGACCUAGAAAUGUUUAAUGCAGCAUACCGAAGUAUUCAGAACUACCUGAGAAGAGGUCGGGAAGCCUGUAAUGAAGGAGAAGGAGACCCCCCGCUGUAUGUCAAUGUGAACAUGUUCAGUGGGCAGCUGAUGAACACUUGGAUCGACUCUCUGCAGGCCUUCUUCCCCGGGCUGCAGGUUCUGAUAGGAGAUGUGGAAGAUGCCAUCUGCCUCCGCUUUUACUACGCUAUCUGGAAACGCUACGGGGCCCUCCCUGAGAGGUAUAACUGGCAGCUCCAGGCCCCCGAUGUGCUCUUCUACCCGCUGAGACCAGAGCUAGUGGAGUCUACAUAUCUCCUCUACCAGGCAACCAAGAAUCCCUUCUACCUCCAUGUAGGAAUGGAUAUUCUGCAGAGUCUGGAAAAGUACACAAAAGUCAAGUGUGGGUAUGCUACAUUGCAUCAUGUCAUAGACAAAUCCAAAGAGGACCGGAUGGAGAGCUUCUUUCUCAGUGAGACCUGUAAAUACUUGUAUCUGCUAUUUGAUGAGGAGAAUCCAGUCCACAAAUCUGGAACCAAAUACAUGUUUACAACCGAGGGACACAUUGUAUCUGUGGACAAACAUCUUCGGGAAUCUCCUUGGAAGGAAUUCUUUUCUGAAGAGGGAGGGCAGGACCCAGAGGGGAAGUCUGUGCACGGGCCUAAAUCACCCGAGAUAAAAGUCAUCAACUCCAGCUCCAAUUGCAAUCGUGUUCCUGACGAGAGGAGAUACUCCCUGCCCUUAAAGAGCAUCUAUAUGCGGCAGAUUGACCAGAUGGUUGGCUUGAUUUGAUCUACUCUCCUCUGUGUGGCCUCAUCUGAUACGGGAUGUAAACAGCUGAACCCGCGCCGUGCAGAGAUCCAGUCUGAGACAGAAGAGGAUGGAAGUCUGGCCAUCUGCAAUGAUGUAGGAAUUUCUGUCCCACUCCUCACACACACCUAACAGAAUCUUGCAUAUAUUAGUGUUUCUUUUCUGUUCAAUAAAAUGCUCUGUUUUUCUUAAGGAUAUAAUUUAAAGUAAGAAGGUACAUAGAGAUUGGCUUCUUAUGACAUGCUGGUUUUAUAAGCACAGUGUGGAUGAGGCAUCUUUGAGUGGAUCUUCAUAGCUUCACACUUUGGAAUCCAACCAGUGUGUUCCUGUCUCCGGCACUUGCUGUGACUGCAGUAUUGCUACCUCUCUGUUAGAGGACUGUGAACGAAAUUUCUGUGCGAAGGGCCUGAGGUUCAUCCCUAUUUAUUGCAUUUUGUUUUCCUUUCUCUCUCUCAUUAAACAAUUGGCUCUCCCUCACUGACGGUUUUGGAUCACACGGGGGAAUAUCAUUCAGUUAUUCAUUUGCACCGCAGGUAUCUUCACAGUGUUACAAGUUAAUUGCUUAUGAAUAGCUUUUAUCUGAAUUUCAAAAGGCAGUGUCUUAAGUUGUCACACAGCUAGGUCUUUUGGACGCUGUAUUACAUUUAUUUUGAACUUACCUGAGGAACUCUCAUAGUUCCAGAACCAGGUGCCUUUUAGAGAGAGAAAAAUACCUAAGAAUGUCUGAGCUUCCAUCUAUUUCAUAUUUACUAACCAAGGAUUCUCAAUUCUGACCGGAUUUGGGUUAGAAUUUUAUUUUGUUUUUGUUUUCUGUGUCUUGUGCCAAUUAAUUAAGUCAGGGAGAAAGAAAUGAUCAGAUGACUCUCUGGCAUCCCUGAGCCGUUUCUCUGUGUAAUACAGGCUUUAGAUUAGUGCCUUAUAUGAUUUUGGUAGGGGCUGCUGAAUGUCACAGCUGCUGCUGGGUUUUAGCAGGCAUGUUUCAUAUUGUCACAUGGUGGGACCACAGUGAAAAAGGGGAAGGGAUGAGUGUUAGUAAGGCUCUGGAAAAUUCUUGGCCAGUCCUUGCCUUCCAGCCUGAUAUUUUAAGGAAACCUGCAUUAGGAGGAAGUUGUGCUAGAAUGGCUUCUUUCUAAGAACAGAAGUGUCUCUCUUUGAACUUAGGCUGAAUGUUCAUACAGAGCAGAGGUGGAUUUGAACCCUCAGCCUGGCUUCUGUGUAACAUCUGAGGUUGAAAUGAAUCCUGGUACAAAAGGUAGAAGUCUCUUAAGAACCUCCAGCCAUACCUGUCCUGUUGCUCACCUGUCUCUGCUUGCCCACUUCAAAUGAUUUCCUGUUCAUUUUUUAAAGCCAGAAGUGUGGUCUGAGCCAUUGCAUACCAAUCAAAGGGAGAAGUUUUAUUCCUUCUUGAAAAUUUCAGUGUUACUGUGUUUUGGUUUUUGUUUUCUUUUUUAAUAGAUACAGAAUUCAGUUUUUGGUGAUUUUUAUUUUAUUUUUUAAAUUUUUUUUCUUGGUGAUUUUUAAAAAAGGGAUUUUCAGUAAUAAAUGUAUCACCUCUGUCAUUUAAAUAUUUACUAUGCAAAUUGUAAAGUAAAAUCAGAUGCUUCUGUUUUACCUUUUUUCUUUAUUUCAGAAGCAUUCUCUUUAUCAACCUUGUCUCAUCUACUGAAUAGAACAUUUUGAGAAUACUCUAUAUUUUAAGUGUUUUCAUUGACUUGGUAAAAUAAAAAUGCCUCAUUUUACUUAUGCCAUGUGCAUACAGGCACGAGUGUCCCCAUAGCUUCUGUCCAGGCACACUGAGGUGGGACCAUGAACGUCCCAUUUGGGAGGAUGGGGCACGUCAGGGAAGAAAGUGGGCCCUCCGUAUCCGUUUUCUCUCUUGUGGUCCUGCUGGAUUCUGUCUCCAGCUUCUGUGACAUCGAUAUGUAGCAUUCCAACACUACCCUCUCAUCCGGGCCCGUAACCUGUCACCUGCUCUGGCAUUCCAUCCCCCUCAUGCUCAGACCAGGGACCUGUGCCUCAGCACCACUGCCAUAAGCCAGGGGCCACAGGCUGGCAGGAGAUGUGUUCUGUAUGAGUCUCAAGCCCCCUUGACUUCUGGGCUCUGACCUGUACCAGGUGGUGAGCCUGAGGGUGAGGGCCUUACUGCAGACCAGUCCUGCUGGUUGAGCUUCUGGGCUACCUGGUCGAAAGUUUGAUGUUACCUAGCCCAUUAUCUAUGGGACUAGAGGCCCAGUAUUGUCUAGUGCCAGUCGUGAAAGGAAGGUUCUCUGAGCCAAGGUCAAAGCUUACUUGUGUUCUUUUUGGAAAUCAGAGUGUCAACACCUGUGCUGUAUCUUGCAGGACAGUUGCUGUUUCUUCUCUUCUGUGUUGCAGGAUGUCAGGUAGGGAAGGGCCAAGGAGGGGAGUGUCUUGUGCCAGGACUGCCCUGAUCCCUGAACAGAUGUCAUCCUUUGGAACAGCUGUGAGCCUGCCCCCUCCUCCAGUUCCCUGUGUAGCAAGUGUCUAGAGUCUGCUUUGGUCAACACGGGGGAAAAUAGUUUUGCAAAACUGUCGUAGAAAGCUGCCCUGCAGUUAGGCUUGGCAGAGUCUGGAUCUCCCACCACAGUUCUCAGUCAGCACAGGGCAGGCACUGCUACUUUGGGUGAUGUGACCAAGGAAGUCCAUUUCUGGAACAGUAGGUGACAAAGGAAGUGUUGGCUGGCUUCCGGAUGUGCUGGCCUUGGUGAAGAACCAGCUUCCAAUUUUCACAUCUUUCUACAGUUUGUUCCAGCUCUUCUACCCAAACUCGGUCUGUGCCUCCAAAUCCCUGGUCCCAGGCUAUCCCGGAUUCGAGGGGCACGUGCCAUCACUGAAGUCAUUGUGUGUCUAUGCACGAGGGCUGUGUCUAUGUAGGUGAAUUGUAGAGGAGGCUCUGUAUGCGAUCUGAGGGCCUGAACGUGGUUCCCCCUACCUCCCUCCCCCUCUCUCCCCUCAUUUCCCCUCCCCUCCCCCAGCAAAGAAAAAUACCCUCUUAGCUAUUUUCUUAGCUCAGUUUACCGAAUGAUUGCAAACUGUAAUCCUUUGCUUUGAAUCUUGUGGACUGAACGUCAGACAUCCUUUUCUUCUCUCUGGAGGGCUCCAGAGGUCUUUCUCUAUUGACACUUUGAAAUUGAAUGCUGGUGAAAUGGUAGGGCUGAAUGAUGGCUCUAACCAGAGUACCUGAGCAGGGACUUUUGAAGAAAAUCUUCUUCUUUCCUUUUCCAUUCCCAGACAUCCAGCUCCUUCUCUAGUGCCUCUUCCCUGCAGGGCAGGGACCCUUGUGAAAGAGGGAAGGUGGGCUGGCUGGGCUGCGCGUCCCUAGGUGUUGCAGGGCUCAGGGUUCUGUUCCUGCUGGAGUUUGGAUGUGAAUCCGGGAAAAUGUACCUGUGGACCUUCCUGAUUCAUUACCCCCUUUCCCUCUUUCUGAGAGGCAGAGAAAUAAUAUUUUUAAAAGGUAUUUUGUUUUAGUUUUAAAUGGCAAAACACAAGCUGCAUUUUUAUUUAUUAUGCACAAAAAAGGUAAAUCUGUUUUUACAAAAAAAUCUGGAGUUGGAAACUCUGGGAAAACCUAUUGAAAUAUACACAUGCUUCUCUCUCUGUAAUGUGCAAUAUGCUUUGCAACUAUAGAUGAUAUUUUAUGUUUAAUCUGUAAAUAAGAAGUGUAUUUAAAUUAAGAGGGAGCUUUUUGUAAAAGGACCAAAUGUUCUUUUAUAAAUGUACUAAGAAAUAUCUUGUUCUUUGAAAUUUAUUAGGAUUUUUAUGAGUAAUUUUUAUUAAAAGAUUCUUUUUUUUUUGAA